AUGAUGAACAACCUGACCACCGAACUUGCAGGAAGAAACUUGCGCUUUGCUGAUGACAUCGUACUGAUAACAUCCAGCAUCAUCCAAGCGGAACGAAUGCUGACCGAAUUCGACGAAACAUGUGUGUGCAUUGGUCUUCAGCUGAAUCUGCAGAAGACGAUGUUCAUGCGCAACGAAUGGCUCUCGGACGCCCCUUUCACGCUCAACGGAACGAGCAUAUCCGAAUGCACCAGCUACGUUUAUCCAGGUCGGGAAUUGAACAUGAUGAACGACCUGACCCCCGAGCUGAGCAGGAGGAGAAGAGCGGCUUGGGGAGCGUACAAGAUCAUCGAGGAUGUAGUGAAGAAGACCAGGAACACCCGGCUCCGUGCUCACCUCUUCAACACCACCGUACUUCCUGCUUUGACCUAUGCUUCGGAAACCUGGGCAUUUCGCAAGCAGGAAGAAAACGCGGUGAGCGUCAUUGAACGCGCAAUUGAGAGAGUGCUAAGAGUAUCCCGUUUCACGCAAGUGAGGGAUGGGAUUCGAAGUGCUACGUCAGCGAUCGAAGAUUAG